CUAGUGACGACCGUUGAAAACAAGCUAGCUAGCUAAACAAAGUAAACAUACUAGCUGGCUCGCUAGCUAACAUACAACGAAUGGGCAAUAAUUGAGUGCCUAGUUACACCACAACAAAACAUAUAUUAAGGAGGAAAGAUAUCUAUAGUAAUAGCAGGUAAGAAAACACUAAACUAGCUAAUGUCGAAUUUAUUGGCUUUUAUUGCUAGCAGUCUUGUUGCUAGCUAGUUGACAUUGGACUGGGGCUAGGGAGGCAACAAGCUAGCUAGGUACGACUAGCUGGGUAGCUACGAGAGGGGUUGAAUACACUAACGUUACCGUUAGCAACAUUUUAAAACCUGCACAAUUGACAUAAGCGCAUGCUGCUAGUGUUAACUAGCGAGCUAGUAACGUUAGCAGUAAGUUAGUACGGUAGUAUGUAGCUAGGUCGAAAAAAUAUAUAACAUUAAUGGUUAUCUUCAACCUAGGCUAGUAGUAGCUCGAUUCUUUUAAAAAUGUGCCAGAGAGCCAUAUCAUAUGGCUGAUUUCAGUUACUCAUUGUGACCUGCUUGACUCGAAAACAAAACAAGUGAACAAUGACUCGACCUACUCUGUCUAACAUGACCAUCAGUUAAGAAUCACAUGGAAUGUUGAUUGUCGAGCCGAGAUAUGGAAGCUGUUGUGCUAUUACUCUUUAAAGUAUAGCCAGACACCACCAUGGGGGUCUCUCUCGCGCUCUCUUUCUGGUCUGAAUUUGGCCAGUGUGACUGUAGCUGGAGAAAUAUCCAGGCCCCCAAAAGUGCCAAGUUUCCCUUAGGUUGAUCCAGAUGCUAAAUGUCACCUUUUUAUAUAUAUAUAUAUAUAUAUAUAUGUUAAUUGCAUAAUUUCAAGAAUGUCCUCUUCAUGUCUUUCCUAUAGGCUCCACAGUAGCUAAGAUGGAGGUGCUGUGUUUCCGGUUGCCGGGUCACAGUGAUGCCACCCUGAAGAGCAUGAACUCCCUGAGGUCCAGGCAGCAGUUCUGUGACAUCACCAUCGUGGCCAGCGGCAGGCAGACAUUCCGGGGACACAAAGUGGUCCUGGCUGCCUGCUCCCCCUUCCUCAGGGACCAGUUCCUGCUUAACCCUUCCUCUGAACUGCAGGUGGAUGCCAGUGAAAGCCACCUUGUUACACACUAUUUGGGUUAUGUUUGAUAAAUGUUUUUAGCUUCAGCUGAUAUACUAGCCCCUGACACUUCUUGUCACAUGCCCUUUCAAUGAUCUGACUGUUUUAAUCUUUGCGCCUGGGAAGUUAACAGAUGUUGCAUCAUGCCAGCUGUGGUUCCAGUCCUAUGCCUCAUUAUGGUGCAGUCGAGUAGAGACUAUCACAAGUCUAGCAGGAUAUGACACUAAUGGCUUACACGAUUGAGCAUAGGAAAAAUCUCUGAGACGUAACAGCAAAAUAUCUGUUUGCCUAUUUUUUUGGUCCUAUUUUGCCCUCUAGGUGUCAGUUCUUCACAGCUCCUCGGUGGUAUGUGAGCUGCUCCAGUCCUGUUACACCGGUGUGCUGCAGUUCAGCCCUAAGGAGAUAGUGAAUUACCUGACGGCCGCUAGCUACCUGCAGAUGGAGCAUGUUGUGGAGAAGUGCCGGGGAGCCCUGGGCAAGUACAUGCAGCCAAGGAACCCCAGCUCACCAAAGGUUAGUUACCUAUUUUGGUUAGUGUUUAUUGGUGUAUAGUCGAAGACACCCUAUUGAAGCAUUGGUUUAAAAUCACAACAUAAAAUGUUAACAUACAUUUCAGUUGUAGAAAGCAAAUACUUACUGAACUGGUCUAUUAUGUGAUUCAACAAAGGCUGGAUUUGCAGUGUUGACAGUCAGAUUGUUCAACCUGUGAAGACAUUCAAUCGGCUCAUCUUCAUUCUUUUUCUCUCCACCGCUCAUUUUCAGAUCAAGUCAGAAGAGAGCCACUCGAUGCCAGUGACAGUCAGUGGCAGCAGUCAAUCUCUUAUGUCGGCCUCGACUGAUCAUUCCCCCUCACUGCAGCCUCACAGCCCUGUACAGUCUCAGGCUGAUGACCAUACAGACUUGCACACUAAGACAGAUAUACGACACGAUGACGAACAUAACACACUGGAUGAGAUCAAGGUAAGUAGAUUCAGGAACAACACUUACCAGUGCAUCCAUCUCUGGAUCUAUAAAUGGGAGAGAAUCAUGUACUCUCUACAACAGCAGAGUUACUGUAUCAACAUAAUAGUAGCUACCUGGGUUCAAAUAUUGUUUUCUGUGUAUUUGAGUAUUUUCAAAUACACUGCCCCAAAAUUAUAAAUGUUUGAGUAUUUAAUGGUUAUUUGUAAAAAAAUAAAAUAAAAAUAGUCUACCAAAUAGUAUUUUUAAAUCCCUGGGUUAAAUGUAUGUGAGUGUAUUUGAGUCAGUGUAUUUGAGUAUUUCCAAAUGCAUUAAGAUAUUCAACUACUUGUCUUUUCAAAUAAAAAUAAAUACUUAGAAUGUAUGUGAAAGUAAUUGAGAUAAUGUGCCAGUAACCGAAAGGUCGCUGGUUCUAAUCCCCGAGCCGACUAGGUGAAAAAUCUGUCGAUGUGCCCUUAAGCAAGGCACUUAACCCUAAUUGCUCCUGUAAGUCGCUCUGGAUAAGAGCGUCUGCUAAAUGACUAAAAUGUAAAUGUAAAUGUAAAUAGUAUUUGAACCCAGGUCUGGUAGCUACCCAAGGACAUUGAUUACUAGCACACUCAAAUCGGUCUCAAUGUUGUUCCAGGUGAGGGUAACAGAGGAGGACGAGGGCAGGGAGGAUUAUGACGUGUUCCGGAUCUGCAUCGAGGAUGAACAGGAGCAGGAGCCGGAAGAGAGGCGAGAGGUAGAGGAGGGCGGUGAGGAAGCCACAGAGGGCCAUCAGGGGGGCCAGUACCCAGAUACGGACAGUGUCAUAGUGGGAGGGGGCGAGGGGGACAACGGGACCCCAGCCGAAAUGGCUAUCCGCAUCAGUGGCUUCGAGAGGGAGGGGCUCCGCGCCUGGAGGCGGCGACUCACCGACUCACCCAAAGUGGGCCGGGGGAGGGGCUUCAAGAGGAAGCGUGGCUCGUACCGCGAGAGGAGGCCUCUAGGUAUGCAGUACCAGGAGGCGUGGCGUCUUCCCACCGGGGCGGAGAUGAUGCAGAGCUUCGGCCUGGACUUCAGCCAGGAAGCCAUGAGGUCAGCGUUCCUCUCGGGGAGCGAGCUCCCACGGCUAGACUACGGGAUGGGGGAGGCUCAGGGAGAGGAGCUGGUGCCCCGGGAUGGGAAUGGUCCGGCCCACUACAGCCUGGACGACCCCAGUGGUGAUGGAGGUGAGGCUAAUAUGGGGAUGGCGGCUGUGCCAACAGGUGGUGAUGAGACGGGGGAUGAGUCUGUGGCAGUGGUAGGCUCCACCUCCAGCACAGCAGGACCGGUGGCUUGUGAGCAAUGCGGCCUGACCUUCCCCUCGGCCCACUCCCUGGCCGUCCACUCGCGUGCCACCCACUUGCUGUACGUGUGCCCCUGCUGUGGCAAACACUUCAACCACUCCAGCAACCUCAACCGCCACAUGACCGUUCAUCGCGGUGCCAAGGUCCACCGCUGCCUGCUCUGCGACAAGACAUUCACGCAGAAGUCCACGCUGUGCGAUCACAUGAACCUGCACAGCGGCGAGCGGCCCCACUGCUGCGCCUACUGCCACUCACGCUUCGCCCACAAGCCGGCGCUUCGGCGCCACCUCAAAGAGCAGCACGGGAAGACGACCGCUCAGAACAGCCUGGAGGCACAAGCCGAGAUGGAGAGAGUGGCAGGGCCAGGGGGAGGAGAGGGAGACACUCAGGACAGAUUUGACUUUUGACAAGGACACUGGCCAAAGUGUACACUCAUUGACUAAGCAUUACAGGUUGCGGUUGGAGGUAAAGAGGGGUUAUUCAAACAAGCGGAUGUGUGCUUCUGCCCUAAUGGUCAAAAGAGUGGUUUGGAGUGUAGCUUCAGAUUUGAGGGUUGGAAAAGAGGUGUGUGCUGGAGGGACCUACUAAGACCUUGAAAGGGAAAACCCCUCCUUUUAGACCUGGGGUGCACAACUCUGGUCCUCCUUAUGGGAAGUGUAUGCUGGUUUUAUCUGGCCAGUCAAUGACAUGGAUUGAUUAUUUAUCUUUUAUCUCUUAUUUAAUUGAAGGGGGGAAACGAUGACCUACAUGACUGUGGCUCUGUAGGACUGGAGUUGUGCAAACCUCCGUUUUAGAUCUCUUGUUGUCUCAUUUGUAACUCAGUGGCUGACCAAUAAAAUAUUUUAAUUUGUGUAUUUGAGAGGGUGAGCUUCUUAUUAAACACUGG